AUGGCCAGCUCUGAUAACUCUGCCAAGAUGUCCACACCCUCCCAACCCCCUAAUCCUGCUCCCGAUCUUCAUCAAGAGGCAAAGGACGCUGGGAUCACCAUCGCCCUGUUGGAAACUGCAUCAAUUCCCCCUUUUUGCUGGGGCUCCCUCCCUUCCAUAAAUAAUAAUAGGCAACCAGUAACAGGACCACAGACAACGCAGAAGUUUUGUGAUCUCUUAAAGGACCUUAAAGGUAUUCUUAAAAGCAUGGAAGGCUUUGAAGAGAAGACCACAGAAGCAAAAGAAUCUUUAAAGGAUACCAAUACUUCUAAGAAUGUGUCAGAACUUACUGAAAAUAUCAGAGGACUUGACAAAACAAAUAAAGUGCUAUUGACAAAACUGCUAAUUAGUUUAGACCCAGAGAAGGAACAACAUGCAAAGAAACAGGAGAUGAUAUUGAAAAAACAGAACUCUGAGAACACAGUACAAGUUUCUGCAAGGCAUUUGUCAACUCGUUUAGAAUUAAAAAAAGCCUUAACCAGAAUUCAACUGCGUAGGGAUGAAGCAAAAUACAGAUCUCUUAUUCAAGAAGAAAACAGGAAACUUAGGAACAACAUGGAGCAGUUACUCCAGGAAGCAGAUCACUGGAGUAGACAGCACAUUGAACUCAGUGAACUAAUAAAAUCCUACCAGGAAUCUCAGAAAGACGGAAGCGAAACUCUAGAAGAUAACCAAGCCCAUCCCCAAACCCAAUCAAAUAAUGAACUGUCUGCGAAGCAUGAGUUGGAAGAACAGGUGAAGAAACUGAACCAUGACACCUACUCAUUGCAUCUGAUCGCAGCACUGCUGGAGAAUGAAUGUGAGAUCUUACAGCACAGAGUAGAGAUUCUGAAGGAAUUCCAGCAGCACCAAGAGGGAACACCACAGGAGAAGCCAACUCAGAUAAGCCAUGAACAGGACAAGAAAAAUCAAAAGCCAGCAGAAGCAGAGAGAAUAGAAACUAAUAAGCAGAAUACAAUGGGUACAUUUCAUAAAAAAUGCAGACUCUAUAGAAACUCGGAUGCUUGUCUUAGUAAGAAAGCUUGUAAUAACCGGUUCAAUGCUUGUAUUGCAAAAAGAGCUCUCAUAGGAAGAAAGAGACAGGUCAGCAACUUUUCCUAG